AUGUUUACUGAACAUGGAGAGCUGGCAGCUGGGUUUGAUGUUACGAACUUGAUCACUUUCCCAAAUAACUCCUAUGUUAGAGUCAAGGUUGGGAGGCUCGAUCCUCGUGCUCCACCAGGCAAAGAGUUGAGCAUUGAAGAGGACAAAAUCGAGUGGCACACAGAACUCACUCAGGUGCCCCCUUUCUCCUUGUGCAACAGCAACUGCCCCCCUGGCUACAGCAAGAAAAGAAAAGAGGGAGAGACUUUUUGUUGCUAUGAUUGUGCCCCUUGUCCGGAAGGGAUGAUCAGCAGUGAAAAGGCUCUGGUGCUGGGACUUUUCAUUAAACACCAGGACACACCCAUCGUCAAAGCCAACAACCGGAGCCUCACCUACCUUCUCCUUGUCUUUCUCCUUCUUUGCUUUCUGUGCUCUUUACUGUUCUUUGGACAGCCUAACAAGGUGACCUGCCUCCUCCGACAAACAGCUUUUGGCAUCAUCUUCUCAGCUGCCGUGUCUUCUGUUCUGGCAAAAACUGUUAUGGUAGUGGUGGCUUUCAUGGCCUCCAAACCAGGAAACAUCUUCCAAACAUGGGUGGGGAAAAGACUGGCACAGUCUAUUGUCUUUUCCUGUUCCCUUGUCCAAGUGUUCAUUUGUGCAGUUUGGCUAGGCACUUCUCCUCCUUUCCCAGAUUUGGAUAUGCACUCACUGAAUAAAGAAAUUAUUGUGCAAUGUCAUGAAGGUUCAGUCACCAUGUUUUACUGUGUCUUGGGCUACAUGGGAUUAUUGGCUGCUAUCAGCUUCAUUGUGGCAUUCCUAGCAAGGAAAUUACCUGACAAUUUCAAUGAAGCCAAAUUCAUCACCUUCAGCAUGUUGAUCUUUUGCAGCGUUUGGGUGUCGUUUGUUCCAACCUACCUGAGCACCAAAGGGAAAAACAUGGUGGCUGUGGAGAUCUUCUCCAUCUUGGCCUCCAGUGCCGGGUUACUGGGCUGCAUAUUUUUCCCUAAGUGUUAUAUAAUUACUCUGCGGCCUGACUUAAACCACAGGGAACAACUGAUGAGAAAGCAUUAA